AUGAAUUCGUCAAUUCAACCCUUGGAUAUAAGGAUGCUGGUGCAGUUGGAGAAAGAACAAGCCAUCACUAAGUUGCAAGAAAGUGAAGAUGAAUUUAAGAAAGUGCUUCAUUGCCCCUCCAAAAAAUCAUUGUGUUGUGACGUCACUGAACAGGAAGAACCAAAUGUCAAACCUCAAAUGAAAACUUUGGAUUUCGAAACUCUCAUGGAAUUUGAACCGCUGGCUGAUAUUUCAGUGGCGACGCCUUUGAAUAAUUUUGACCAAGAGUUAGAUCAACCUCAAACGCAACCAACAGAUUUGUUCUCCUCGAACUGCUCCAGCGACAGUUUUGACAAAAAGACGGUUUUAGCAAAUCCAAAAUUUUCCCAAAAGAAUAAACGACCAGGAAUUGGGAUAAGUGAUGUUACUUGCAAAGGACACAGCAGAACCACCAAGUCUAUAAAACCAGUAGUCCUCCAUACCCCGGCCCUGUUGGCUGCGCAACGUGCAGCAAAAUUGCAACAGCAACAGCAGCAGCAGCAGCAGAAACAGCAACAAAAACAGCAUUCUUCGCCACCUUCAAAUAAAUCCGAUGACAAGAGCAAAACAUCUGGCUCCAAUCUUCAAUCGAUAUCCCUUCGCAAAUUGGGAGACGGCUUAAAGGAUGCUGCUGCUGGUAAAGCUGGUGUGUGUGCAGAAACUGGACGUCUGGAUCAUCCUAAUGAACAUUAUGAAGAAUGGUUGCGCAAAAAGGAACAAAAGAGGAUUCUUGAGAAACAACUGGAGCGUCAGAAACAACAAAUGCUGCAGCAACAGAAGGAGAGCUCGGAGCAACAACUGAACGAUCUAAGAAGGGAGAGUUUUGCAAAAUGGUUGCGCACAAAAGACGAAGAGAGAGCACGCGAGCGUGAGAGACAGAAAGAAAUGAGAGAGAAGGAGAGGCUGUUGGAGCAGGAAAGGAAGCUUAAAGUGGAGCAGGAAGCAGAGAGACGUCUCAGGCAGUGGGAGGAAAAGAAGUUACUUGAACAGAAACGUCAGAAGGCACAAAGGGCUUUGGAACUUGCCCGCCUGGAGGAGGAACGUGCGGUGAAACAGCGCCUGGGCGAAGUCGCCUUCCAGAAGUGGCUCGACGACGCCGACUUAAGACCAAAAAUCCAUCAGAACAACCAGCACCUGGUCGGCAACAGCGGGAACAACCUUCUGCUUCAACAUCGUGCAGAUGGUUGUCGUUGCGAGCCGGGGGCGUGCUCCAUCACUGUGCGCGAGAUAUCCCGCGACCGGAACAGGGGCUCCGUGUCGGGUUCCGGCGACGACCAGCCUGGUGGCCUCCGGGGCGGCCGCCAAUUCGCGGAGGGCAUUGGCGGAGGGCUUGGUCAGCUGCUGCAACAACAGAGGAGGGAACAGCAGGCAUCUAUCGAAAGUUUCGCAGCAGCGCAACAGCAAACAGCAUCCGCAGCAGCAAUUCAGCAGUCGUCGUGA